UCCACCGUUGGAUAGCGCUAUCUGAUAGAUAAAGCGGGAGUUACCAGACGUGAACUAUCGGCCGACCAAAGUGGCCAAUACGGAUUUAUCUAGCAGAUAAGCACGAAAUACAGAAAAAGUGAGAUAACCGGAAACAGCUGUGGAAAGGGCGAUGGAAGUCAAAUACGCCACAUCUUGGCGCGAAGUUUAAAUUAUUGAAAAAACUUGGUGAAGGAAUACAAUUAUGGCUUGUUGUUUAAUUUCAAAGUAGAAGAAAAAUUAUGAUGAGGAGCAAGUAGGAUGUUCGGUGGAGACUGGAGGGAGGCGAAUCUGUUAGCACUUUAGAGCAACACUCAUCCGGCGUUUGAUAAACAUAAAUUCGUUGUCCAUUUGUCCAUUGAAAUGAUCAAUUAUUGCAUGAAUUGAAGCGAGACGUGAAUGGAACAGAAAAUAAGGAAUAUAUAACGCAAAAAGUGACUGGUGUGAUAAAGUGUAGCCAUGAAUCUUCAUAUCCCAAUAGUUUUAUUUGCACUUUUAAUUUGCAACAUAUUUGCCAAUCAAGUGCCAGAGUUUUCGAAAAAGUUUGAACCAACUUGGGACAGUUUAGACAAACGUCCUUUACCUUCCUGGUACGAUGAAGCCAAAUUCGGCAUUUUUAUUCAUUGGGGAGUCUUCAGUGUUCCCAGUUUUGGAUCUGAGUGGUUUUGGAUUAAUUGGAAAGGUCAAGAUCAGAAGUACAGUGAAUUUAUGAAAAAACGUUAUCCUCCAAAUUUUACUUAUCAAGACUUUGCCAGAGAUUUCACUGCUGAAUUUUUUAAUGCUACGCAAUGGAGUGAAAUUUUCCAAGCAUCAGGAGCAAAAUAUAUAGUUUUAACAAGUAAACACCACGAAGGGUAUACUCUAUGGCCCUCAAAAUAUUCCUUCAGUUGGAAUGCUGUUGACGUUGGACCACAAAGAGAUAUCAUAGGGGAACUGGCCAAGGCGAUAAGAAGCAAAACGAAUUUAACAUUUGGACUCUACCACUCUCUUUACGAAUGGUUUAAUCCACUUUAUCUAGAAGACAAGAAUAAUAACUUCACGACGAACAGCUUCGUCACUCAGAAAAUCAUUCCUGAAUUAAAUGAGCUCGUUGACCUUUACAAACCGGAAGUCAUCUGGUCUGAUGGAGAUUGGGAAGCAACGGACAACUACUGGGAGUCAAAAGAAUUCCUAAGUUGGCUCUAUAAUUACAGCCCAGUGAAAGAAACGGUUGUAGUCAAUGAUAGAUGGGGAAUUAAUAUUCCUUGUCAUCAUGGCGAUUUUUACACGUGCAAGGAUCGUUAUAAUCCCGCUGUUCUUCAACCUCACAAAUGGGAAAAUGCAAUGACGAUCGACCGAAAAUCUUGGGGAUUCCGAAGAAAUGCAGAUCUAAAAGAUUAUAUGUCUGUGCAAGAAUUGAUUCGAGAAUUAGUUGUCACGGUAAGCUGUAAUGGAAAUUUGUUGAUGAACGUUGGACCAACGAAAGACGGAAUAAUUAUUCCCAUAUUUGAAGAAAGACUUCGUGGAAUGGGAGCUUGGUUGGCUGUGAAUGGAGAAGCAAUUUACAAAACGAAACCCUGGAAUGUGCAGAACGACACUUUAUCGGGUGAUGUUUGGUACACGCAAAGUAAAGAUGGCAAAAAAUUAUAUGCGAUUCUUCUUUCGUGGUCGAAAAAUAAUCUUUUAGGAUUGGCCGCAGUGAAAAUUCCCGCUUUAACUCAAAUAAAUCUUCUUGGAUAUCCAUACGAACUUACUUGGGAACAGCGCUCAACUUAUUUGUUGAUUGACCUUCCUGUAGAAGCCCACAAAGGACAACCCGCUUGGGUUGUAGUGAUACAUCAGCAUUUUUGAGACUGCAGACUUUACAAUUUUACAUUUUUUUAUGAACCUUAUUUUUUGUGAUUUUGAUAAAAGUAUUUACAAAUCCUAAAAGAAAA